CAGAAAAAAAAGGGAGAGAGGGAGAGAGAGAGAGCUCUGGGGGAGAGGUCGUCGGUCGGUUGCCGGAGCACCGUGCCGGCCGCCGUCUGGCUCGCCGCCGGCAGUCUUGGACGGUGGUUUCUGAUGACCGGGAAAGGUGGCUUUCUGGCGCUGGGUUCCCCGUUCCAGGGGACUGUUGUUUUUUUUUUUUUUUUGUGUGUUUUUGCAGAAUUUUUUUUUACAGAAGCUGCCUUCUUCUUUUCCUUUUUUUUCGUUCCCCCUUUUAGUCUAGUUUACAAGCUAUAUUUAUAGAGCUUGUUGGGAUUCAAAUCUCAGAUUUUCUGAGAUUUGAAUCUCAUUUUUCAACUGAAAAAUCAUACCUACCGUCCGUGAUUGGUGGCUUGUCGGGAGGCUGAUCGGGUAGUUGGUCGGGCCAGUUCGGCGCCGAACCAACCCCUUGACUUUUGUUUUAUUUCUGUUUCUUUUGUUUGUUUAUUUUUUGUUUUUUGUUUGUUUUGUUAAAUAUUAUUAUUAUUAAAAAAAAACAGUAGAUCCGGACAAAACCGGUGUCUACAAUAAUUUCAUAAAAGAAUUAAAUAAUUUAGCUCAUAAGAAUGCAAGCAUCAAAUUAUAAAGUUUAUAGCUAAUAGGUGAAAAAUUGAAAAUCAAUACUAUUAUAUUUAUUUGCCUAUCAUUCUAGGCCACUCAAGUAUCUCUUUUAUUUAGAUAAGUUAGAGGCUUCCAAUUUAGGUUUUUCAUGCUUUGCUAGAUAUAGAUAGAGUUACCCUCUUCCCUGUUAAUCUUUUAUUGGGAGAAGUCAUUCUUUACAAAGGGAAAGACAGUGACAUGUCAGGCAUGCGGCACCGUUUGGGAGAGAAGAAAGGAAAUUAAAAAAUAUAUGUGGACUGUUAAGCUGUCCUUUUUAAGCCAAAUGUUAGACGGAUUCUUCAUUCGGUACUAUAAAUACAGUUUCAGUUACUUCAAUAUGUGUGUCAAUAUAAUUCUUCAAAGUUUUGUUAAGAUAAUAUAGAUAUUGAGAUAUAGCUAGUAAGUUAAAGAUUUAAAGUGGGAGAGAUGGAAAGUUUGCAACAGCAGCAGCAGCAAAAGCAAGGGAGUGAUAUUGCACUUCCUCAAUCAUGGGGUAGUGGAAGCAACCGCAUAGCUGCUAUCAAUGUGGAGGGAACCACCCCGCAAUCCUACUCUGGUAACAACAGCAAACAUUUUGAUCAUGAUGACCCAAAACAUGAUCAGAAACCUGGAUGGAGAAAGUUUUUGUCAUUUGUAGGCCCUGGUUUCCUUGUCUCAAUAGCUUAUCUUGAUCCUGGCAACAUGGAAACUGAUUUGCAAGCAGGAGCCAACGAUGGAUAUGAGCUGCUGUGGGUGGUGUUAAUUGGAUUAGUCUUUGCUCUCAUAAUCCAGUCUCUUGCAGCUAAUCUUGGGGUCAGCACUGGCAAGCACUUAUCAGAAUUGUGCAAGGCUGAGUACCCAAAUUUUGUGAAAUAUUGCCUAUGGAUACUUGCAGAAAUUGCUGUCAUAGCUGCUGAUAUACCUGAAGUUAUUGGGAUAGCCUUUGCACUAAAUAUUUUGUUUCACAUCCCUGUGUGGGUUGGAGUUCUCUGCACUAGUUUAGGCACUCUCCUCCUCCUUGGCCUGCAAAGAUAUGGGGCAAGAAAGGUGCAAUUGUUAAUAGCAGUGUUGGUACUUGUAAUGGCUGGAUGUUUCUUUGGCGAAAUGAGUUAUGCAAAACCUCUGGCAUCUGGUGUGAUUAAGGGCAUGUUUGUGCCUAAACUUGCCGACCAAGGAGCCACUACGGAUGCCAUUGCCCUCUUGGGCUCCCUUAUUAUGCCGUUAUGAUCAAUCGCUUUUUUCUAUUCUAUAU